UCAGUUUGUUGACAAGCUAGCACGCACAAAUGGUUUGUAGCAACCGCGGCGGGCAUGGCCAGAUGCUAUCACGACUCGACCACCACACCACUGGUGCUAUAUACAAAUAUAUACUAACUCCAACUCCGCUCGAUCAAUCCCCGUUAUCGAUCGACCACGCUUUCUACGACGACGGCAUCGCUAUAUAACUAGGUUUUAAGGCUACCUCUCAAUCUUCCUCUUCUUCUUGUUCGUCUCCCCCUCCUCACCCACCCUGUUCAUCUCGCGUGUGUGGCGGUGGUGGUGGUAUUCUCUCUCUCUCUCUCUCUCUCUCUCUACUUGGUGAGGAGGAGGAGGAGAGUGGUGGUAUCGCCAUCAGAGCUCAAUAAUACUAGUGCACGCUCGCCUUGUUUUCUAGCUCUUGUCAGCGAACCUUCCCCCCUGAAAACCCCACCCACCCCCUCCCCUCCUCCUCGUCUGCUUCUCGCUACCCUCUGUGUUUGUGUUUGGGUUUGUUUGUUUCUCUCUCUAGGCCUCGCGCGCCGUGAUCGAUCGAUUUCUGGAGUGAUCUGUUGUUUUUUUGUGGAGUUGUGUGAUCUGGGAGAUGGCUGGAGCGGGGGGUGCGGCUACGGCUGCAGCGGGAGGAGGAGGUGGGGGAGGGGUGGCGGCGGGGAGGAGUGGAGGUGGUGGUGGUGGUGGCGCGGCGGCGGCGGCGGGGGCGGGGGCGCCGGACCCGAGGGCGGAGGCGCUGCGGUGCCCGCGGUGCGACUCGGCGAACACCAAGUUCUGCUACUACAACAACUACUCGCUGUCGCAGCCGCGGCACUUCUGCAAGGCGUGCAAGCGCUACUGGACGCGCGGCGGCACGCUGCGGAACGUCCCCGUCGGCGGCGGGUGCCGGAAGAACAAGCGGUCGAGGAGCGGCGGCGCGGCGCCUGGUGGCGGCGUGGGGAGGGGCGGGCCUGGAGGCGGGGCGGCGGCGGCCGUCUCGUCGGCUGGCGGCGGUGCAGCUGGGACUUCGCCCGCGUCGUCGCUGGCGCUGCCGCAGCCAGGGUCGCUGCCGUCGCUGUCGUCGGCGCUGGGGCUCACCGGGGGAACCUCGCUGGCGUCGCUGCUGCUCGGGAGCGGCGGCUCCGGGGGUGACCACCUCGGGCUCUUCCAGGCCAUGCAGUCGGUGGUGUCCGACGCGGCCGCGUUCGAGAUGCACCAGCAGCAUCAGUCGCAGGUGGAUCACCUGCUCGGCCUCGGCUACGGCGCCGCGGGGGCGCAGAUCCAGGCGGCCAAGCCGUGGCUGCAUGACGGCGGCGCCACCGGUGGCCUCCUCGACGGCUUCUACGCGCCGCUCCUGUCCGGCUCCAUCGUGCCGGGGCUCGAGGAGCUCCAAGUCAAGGCGGAGGCCACCACCGGCGACCACCAGCAGAAGUCAUCGGCGGCGGCGGCCGGUGAGCAGAGCUGGGACCUGCCGACGCCGUCGUCGUCCAACGUCGAGGCGAGCAUCAUCGCGUCGGACGCGCUCAUGGCCGCCGCGGCCGCGUCGAUGAACCCGGCGGUCAGCGCCGCCGCCGCCUCCACGGCGCCGUCCGCGCAGUCGCUCCUCUACUGGGGCAACGGCGGCAUUGGCGCCGCCGCCGCGGCAUGGCCGGACCUCGCCAACUGCGGAUCCUCCAUAGCGACGCUCUUCUAGCUAGCCCAGCCUGCCGCGCGCGCCGCCUCCACGCCGCCGACUGUGCUAGCUAGCUAGCUAGCUCGUCGCCGUUCGCCGUCGUCGUUAACUCUAUUUUUUUUCCACCUUAAUUUUCCCUGAGUUAAUUUCCCGAUCUCUUGACUAAAAAAUAACAUGUAAUUUGUGGGGAAAAAAAAAGCUGAGAUGAGAGAGAGAGCACACUGUGGAGAGAGAUAGAGAGAAGAGAAGAGAAGAGAUCAUCAUCAUCUCAUAGGCAGAAAAAUAGCUAGCUAGAGCAGCCAAUUCAACAACCAAACGAAGAACCCAAAAAAAAUUCCUGCAAGAUUUCAUCGCCGGUGGUCGAUCAAGAAGGAGAUCAAGAACACAGAUCGACUACCGACCGCGUUCUUCCUCGUCUCCGGCCGGUCGAUGAUCUUGGAAAGGCGGCGGCGAGCGGAAGAUCAAUUUGGGAUGCAUUGAUGAACAAGAAGGAAGGAGAGAUCAACAAAAUCAUGGGAGGAGAAGAGAAGCAAAGAAAGUGUAAGUGCACUAGCUAGUGUUGCUACUACUUGAUUUGCUAGCUAGCUAGCUCUACUUGGCUUCUUGGCUUCUUGAUCUCCUUCCUUGGGUGGUAUGUAGUAGCUUAUUUUGUAUAUAGGGCAUACGGUGUGGGGGGAUAGAUACAUGAGAAGAGCUUGAAGUUCUUGCGGCAUAUCCAUGGCGGUGUGGUGGUGCAAGAACAUAUAUGGGGGACCUUUUCUCUCUCUCUCAUCUCGGCAUUUUAAUCGGUGUGUUUAAUUGGUUAAUUACCCUACCUUGGCUUUGGGAAGUACUCUAGAUGUAUAAGUUAUAAUAGUACUCUUUAGAUCACCACCUUGCAGCAUAAUUAGAGAACUGUUUUUGAGUUCUCAUGCAUUGGACUUGUUAAGGGUCGUCCAAUUCCUUGUUCCUCUUCUAGAGUGAAUUUUUUCUCUUCUUUCUUUUCUCAUUCUCUUGGGGGUUUCCUUUGUUCAAAACUUUGCUUGUAUCAUUGAUGACUUUGUGAGCUAUGAGAAAUUAAAACUUCUGUUUGUUCAUUCUGAUGGA